CACGCAAUGAGGACGGCUAAGGACCUUCGCAGUAUACACAUUGACAGCUAUAUUUAUGUGAUUUCUUUUUGUAAGGUCACUGGCAUAUAUAUAUCACUUUCGGUUAAGAAUAAGAAAAAUAAAGAAAAAGAGAGAAUUACACUUAAAACUCACAUAAAAAUAGGCAUGCAAUGACAGGUAUGAUAAGAGGGGAAUGUGCAUGAAGAAGACAUUCAGGAAGUUAAGGAACACCUACCUUCCCUCUUGUUUUAACUCAAGCAGGUCAUGUAAUUGACCCAAGGUAAUAAACGUGAGAUGUAAUAUCUCCACAAGACAGAGACAGAGGGAAAGACAGAGAGAUGGCGAGUGAGUGACCAAGAGCCUCACGGGACUGCAACACAGAGCAUUUAAUAUCCAACUGAGAAAGUGGUUUUUGGAGUCUCUCUCUUAGUUUCCUGCCCUAUAAAUAGACAAGACUUUUGAAACCUAAACUGAGAUUGACUUAAAUAAAACGUAUAUAUAUUAUAUUGUCUUGUUUGAACCAGCAAGAUGUCUCACAUAACUGUAGAAAGAAAUCGGAGAAGACAGAUGAGUGAGCAUCUCAAAGUCUUACGAUCCUUGACCCCUUGUUUCUAUAUCAAAAGGGGGGACCAAGCAUCUAUAAUCGGGGGUGUUAUAGAGUUCAUAGAAGAGUUGCAUCAAGUUCUGCAAGCUCUGGAAUCCAAGAAACGAAGGAAUAGUUUAAGCCCUAGUCCUGGUCCUUGUCCUAGCCCUAGCCCUAGGCCACUGCAGCUAAUAACUCUUCAGCCUGAUCAGAGCCCUUUUGGGCAAGAAAAUGUUAAGGAACUAACUGCAUGCUGCAACUCUUCAGUUGCGGAUGUGGAAGCAAAGAUAUCAGGGUCAAACGUGAUCUUGAAAAUAUUAUCAAGGCGAAUACCAGGUCAAAUUGUGAGGAUAAUCAAUGUCUUGGAAAAACUUUCCUUUGAGAUCCUUCAUCUGAACAUAAGUAGGACGGAAGACACUAUUCUCUAUUCCUUUGUGGUUAAGGUAUACUAUUACAUAACUUAAGUGCUUAUUGCUAGUACGAAUUUGGUGGAUAAUUUUGAGUGAGAGUAAAAGAAUUAAUACAACCGAUCGACAUAUCAUCCUAAAAGAGAUUCUAAUUUGGAACAUGCUAAUUCUUUCUCUUAAUAUAUUCCCUUAGUUGCUGCAAAUAUGUAUUGAACAUACUUAGCCGAUCGAGGACCUACCAAAUACCCCAUUUACAUUAUCUGAUGCAACUGAGAGAUAGGACCUCAAAAUAGAUAGAUAUACCUGAGAAUAUGGCGAGGAGUGACAACUUUUGAAAGAAAAGAAGCUUUCUUUCUUUCCUUGAAUUUGUAGUGCCGCAGAUAGAAUGAGACUGGAACUUGUGUCAUUUUCAGUUUGAUUGCAGAAUUUGUGGAGAAGUACUUGAGCUUAGGGUUAGGCUGGGUUACUUUCAUAUAUGGGUAGACCCCACACUCAAUUGCCUAACCAACACGCAUGCAGGUGACACGUACUCUUACACUGGCCCCCUAUAAAUUGUCAAGUGCAUAACAUUAUUACUACCACUUCGACGUUGAGAAGAUAGGAUGUUAAUUCAUAGGAGUUUUGUUGUUAUAUCACUUUGAACUAUUCAUUGUAACAUGAAAUUUUAGUAAUUCAUGGAUGGUUUCUUUUCUUUAAUGACAUGGUUGUUAUCUCACCUUAGGUUAUGAAUAUGAUUUAUUGUUGCAGAUAGGUCUGGAAUGUCAAUUAAGUGUGGAGGAACUUGCAGUUGAAGUUCAACAGAGCUUCUUUCCUGAGAUCCUUUAUACAAAUGAUAUGUAGUUUUUGCCGUUAAUUUUCCUCAGAUUUUUGCGGUUGAUGAUAUAUAUUAU